UGUUUGUAGCCAAUUCCCACAGAAGCCAUCGUCUCCCGCAGCACAGAUGCAAUGGAAUUCUACAGAAAGAGAGCUCUGCAUACCUUAAUGUCUGAAGAGGGAAAUACAAUAAUGGAACCUCCUACUAUUACUCUCCCUUCCAUUACAACCUUUCAAGAAAUGCACGAUCGAGAUCAGCUCCGGUUCAGCUCUCCAAGGUCUCCGACUACUGACUUCACCAAUAAGCUUAACUUAAUCCCACCAGCCAGCCCUGAGUCACCCUGGACUCUCUCUCCUCUCCACACCCCAUCACCUUCUCUUCUCUAUCAUUGCAUAGCCUCGCUUCAUCGCAACGAAGGCAACAUCUUCUCCAUUGCUGUCUCAAAAGGAGUAAUCUUCACUGGCUCUGAAAGUAAGCGCAUACGUGCAUGGAGGCAGCCUGAUUGCAUGGAACGUGGUCAUCUCAGGGCAAGCUCAGGCGAAGUUCGAGCCAUUUUAGCUCAUGGUAAUGUACUUUUUUCAGCUCAUAAAGAUCGUAAAAUUCGAAUCUUGAACUUCACAGUUUCAGAGAAUUUUCGAAUGAGAAAGGUCUCCACAUUACCUAGAAGAAAUUCAUUUCGUUUAUUCUCUAAAUCAAACUCACAAAGACAUAAGGAUUGUGUUUCUUGCAUGGCUUAUUACCACGCAGAAGGGCUCUUAUACACUGGUUCAUAUGAUAGAACAGUUAAAGUUUGGAGGGUUUCAGAUAAAAUAUGUGUAGACUCAUUUGCAGCUCAUGAAGAUAAUGUAAACGCUAUAGUAGUGAACCAAGAUGAUGGGUGGGUUUUCACUUGCUCAAUAGAUGGAUCAGUUAAGAUAUGGAGAAGAGUUUACAGAGAAAAUUCUCACAUUCUCACAAUGACACUAAAAUUCCAGCAAUCUCCAGUCAAUUGCUUAGCCUUAAGCUCCACCUUCACCAACUGUUUUCUCUAUUCAGGAUCCUCAGAUGGAACCAUAAAUUUCUGGGAGAAAGAGAAAUUUUCUGGCAGGUUUAACCAUGGCGGAUUCUUGCAAGGCCACCGUUUCGCCGUUCUUUGUCUAGCGGCUGUGGAGAAGUUUAUAUUCAGUGGAUCAGUGGACACGACAAUAAGGGUUUGGAGGAGAGAAGAAGGAAGCUAUUUCCAUGAAUGUUUAGCAAUUUUAGAUGGGCACAGAGGGCCAGUGAGAUGCUUGGCUGCUUGCAUGGAAAUGGAGAAAGUUGUGAUGGGGUUUUUGGUGUAUAGUGCAAGCUUGGAUCACUCAUUCAAGAUAUGGAGGGUUAAGAUUUUGCCUGAAGAAAAAUUUUGCAUGGAUCAUGCAGAUAAGAGCGAUUGCAAGAGUAAGUUGAUGGAAUAUGAGAUGAGUCCUGUCUUGUCUCCUUCUUGGGUAGAGAGAAAACUUAGAAUUAGCCCUUUUCAGUAGAUAAAACCCAUGACAGAAAGGGCAAAAAGAAUAAAUUUUACUCUGUGGAAUCUGUAUCUCCGACAUAGAUUAUGGCAAAAGAUGCAAAUAUAAUAUUAAGUGAUCUU